AUGGACUUUGCCCUGCCGGAACACGAGGACGAUGAGUUGUCGCCCCUCGACGGUGAAGAGCACCACAUCAAGUUCAACAUGGUCGGAUUUGACGACUCAAAGUCCGAUGACGACACGGCACCCGUAUGCAAACAGGCCAGCACUUCAAGCUGCCAUUUAACAGUGCCUGAGGCCCGACGACGGUUUGAAAGUGCACCAGCAACGAUGGGGAUCGGGGCGAGCCCUAUGCUUCGAGCGGCGCUUGACAUGGUGGCGGCUGACCACGCACUGGAACAGUUCCAGCUCGACGACCCCCACUCCGAUGAAGAUCGCGACCUGGGCAAGCAGGCACUGCAUGCUGGCUGUUAUUACAAGCACGGUGAUUGUGAGAGCCUCUUUGCUAGAUCUUACAGGAUGGAGAAGCUGCUGGAGGCAGAUUGCAGAUCCAAGCUGCUUGGACCUGGAGCCAGCCCAGUUCUCCUCUCGGCGCUGGAUGGCGUGGCGGCAUCUGCUGACACCUCAGCCUUGAGUGCCCAACG